AUGAACGAGAUUCAAUCAAGUAUAGUAGGGGAUAUCAAUAUUAGCCAUUCAUUACUUUUCAAUCCACACACCUCCUCGGGCAAUGAUGAAAUAGAUAAAAUACAUGAGGAUGAAACUAAUGUAAAUGAUUCAAAUCACUCUGAGAACAUCGAAAAUAUUCAACCACCAGAAAGUCGAUCUGAUAACUCCUCCUCGGGCAAUGAUGAUUUAGAUAAAGUAUAUGGAGAUGAAACUAAUGUAAAUGAUUCAAACCACUCUGAUGACAUCGAAAAUAUUCAAGCACGAGAAAGUCUAUCUGAUAAUUCUAAUAAUAUUAGUAUUAGUGAGGUUAAUUCGGACCAAAAAACAGUGAAAUUACUAAAUGGACAGUGCAUAAAUUUGUUAAGAAGAAAAUGUUCAAAAGAGGCAAACAUUCCAUUGACUGCCAAUUACUCAUACUUGGAUAUGAAUCUGUUAUUCACUAAAGCGGAACUCAAAAACAAAAUCAAAAGCAAUAAUCAGAAUUCGAAAUCAGAAGCUAAAUCAAAAUCGAAAUUUACAACUCAAUUAUUGACAGAGAAGUAUAAACCACAGAACCUUUUACAACUAUGUCCAGCAGGAAAUGAAAGGCAGUAUCGACAGAUUAUGAAAUGGUUGAAUAAAUGGUCAUCAGUUGUAUUUGGGAAAAGCAAAGAAGAUACUGAUAGUGCUGAUUCAUUAGGCAGACCCUUCAAAAAACUUUUGUUAAUACACGGACCUCCUGGUGUUGGAAAAACAGUUGCAACUCACAUAUUAGCUAAUCAAUUGGGCUAUAACAUACUGGAAUUAAAUGCAAUGAAUAGUUUGGAUACAUUUCCACAAAGCACAAAAGAAUCAAUAAAUUCUUCAAGCGCAUUAAAAUUGAAGAUUAAAAAUGCCUUAACAUCAAAUUCUAUUUCAAAAAAUAGAAAACCCUCUUGUUUGCUCAUUGAUGAAAUUGAUUCUUUAGCAAAUUUGAAUGAUGUUGUCAAAGUAUUGAACGACAUCGUAAGCUCAGAUCAAAGAGCUUUCAACAACCCACAACAAUUCAAUAAUAGUCGAACCAGCAAUAAAAGGACAUCUAAAAGAAAUCAUCAGAUACUAACUAGGCCCAUUAUUUGCAUUGCAAAUGAUAUUUACUCACGACCAUCGGGAAAAUAUGGUCCAAAUCCAUUGGAACGAGUCAGAGCUUUGUCGGAAAUUGUUGCAUUUAAGAAACCAGCAAUAACUCAAAAGAUGACAGGUGUUAAAGUUAGUGGGAAUGCAAUGAAAUCAGUGAAGGAUUACCUUAUGAGUAUAAAUAAAAAGGAAGGUUUAGGGUUGGAUUAUAAAGAUAUUGGUGAAAUAUGUGAGGUAUGCGACGGCGACCUUAGAGCAUGCUUGAAUCAAAUGCAAUUUGGUGGUAGAAAGUCAUCCAACUACCUGAAAAAGUCCUCAUUCAUGGACAAAAACGUAUCUUGGUUUAAUAUGGUGAAUGAUAUGUUGAGAAGAGACCCACAGUUAAAAAAAGAAGAACAUUUUAAUAAACUUUUGGAUAAGUAUCUUAGUGGUAAUGGAAAAGUAUUAAGCUCAAAUUCGGAUCUAUUCGAUAAGUUUAUGAACGGUAUUUUCAACAAAUAUUUAGAUGUGAUACACACACAAGAUGAUUCCUUGAUAAAACCAAGCGAGCUAAGUGAUUGGUUUAGCUAUACGGACCAAUUUUCCAGAAAUUUCAAUGAUACUGGUCAAUAUAACACAAUUAUUGCAUUAAAAUCUUAUUUAUUAUUAAGCGAUAUAAGACAACAAAAAGAAUCAAAUCCAUUAAUAAGUAAUGCCAAUUCCCAAUUUUUCGAAAUGGUGGAAUCUUUGAAAGAACAUCGUCAUAUAAGCAAAUGUGUCAUUGAAAAUUUACCAGUGCAAACUCGUCUUGCAGUCGGUAAUACCAAUGCUAACACUGUUGCAACUUAUAUUCUUCCUUGUAUAACCAAAAUACUCAACCCAACCUUCUCAUCCAAACAAAAGUCCAACUUAAAUUCGACAGAGUUAAAAUGGUUAGAUAAAUUGGUAACGAUUAUUCAAGAUUUCAAAAUUUUAUUAGAGUAUCAUAAAAUAUUUGAUUCGAAUCAACAACAAUUGGUAUACACACCAAACUGGGAUCAAUUAUCAAUUUUUGAAAAUGGUUCAACAAGUAAGACUAACACUUUAGACCAAAAAUUAAUACAAAUAAAGCGUCAAAACAUUUUUCCAUUAGUCAAAGCCGAAAUUGACCAAAGAUUAAAUGCAAUCCAAGCUUCUAAACGUCCAUUAACUACAACAACGGAAGAAGAACAGCAAAUCUUGAAAAAAAGAAAAUUAAUUGAAAGAGAUCUGCAAUAUUUCAAAUCCCAAUAUGAUUCAGUUUUAUCUAAUUUGGUAGGAGUUUCCGAAAAUUCUCAAAAGGAAGAACAAAAUAUAAACGAACAUAUAUCAAGAAUUUGGGUCAAUUUUAAAGAAGGAUAUUCAAACGCUGUUAGGAAAGAGGUGGUCUGGAAUGACAUAUGGAAGGCUUAA